ACACAACACAAUGAGUAAUGCACGUACGGUUAACGUUGAUCUUUCUUGAAUUUCUUGGUUGGAAAAAUUGUGUAUUGGGACUUUUUGGAAGCAAAAUAAACACAAAGGAAUGCAUCCUUACACAGAGGGAAUGACUUUGACGAAUUAGAAAUGGAACGUACCGUCAAUUCGCAAUGAAAUCGAAUGAAUUAGUAUCCAUUUUAUGCUUUUCAUUUCGAUAUUCUUGUAGAUAGUUCAAUCAUUUCUUCGCCGUAGGCCGCAGGCAUUUGUCCACAAACAUGUCGGCUGCGCCUUCAGCUGCGGGCAUGCAUGGGCAUGGAAGUCAAGGUGGAACUCGGAGUGGAGAGUUUAUUGUUGGCAGCGACAAAUACAAAUAUCGCUUGGUGAGAAAGAUAGGCAGUGGAUCUUUUGGAGAUAUAUAUCUUGGAAUUCACGUUCUAAAUGGAGAGGAGGUAGCUGUCAAAUUAGAGUCGGAGAAAGCGAAGCAUCCACAGCUUUUGUAUGAGAGCAAGCUGUAUAAGAUUCUACAUGGAGGACCAGGGAUUCCACAAAUGAAGUGGUUUGGUCAAGGUCAUGAUUACAACAUCAUGGUAAUGGAGCUCCUUGGGCCCAGUCUUGAAGAUCUCUUCAACUUUUGUUCAAGGAAGUUCACCAUGAAAACAGUUCUUAUGCUGGCUGAUCAGAUGAUAGCGAGGAUUGAAUACGUCCAUCUUAAGAACUUCAUCCAUAGAGACAUCAAACCGGACAAUUUCCUUAUGGGUAUAGGAAGACACUGCAAUCAACUUUUCCUCAUAGACUUUGGUCUAGCAAAGAAAUUCAAGGAUUCAAGAAGCAAGCAACAUAUACAGUACAGAGAGGACAAAAACCUUACUGGUACAGCAAGAUACGCCAGUAUCAAUGCACAUCUUGGUAUUGAGCAGAGGUGAGUAAACCUCUUUUGUAUAGCUUCAAUAACUUAAACAGCAGCAUGAAUCAUGAUUCAAAAAGCAAUUACAAAAUACAGAUUUCAAGAGAAAACAAGGAUGUGCUCAGUGUCCCCCAUUUCUGGUUGUAAAAUGUUUUUCAGAUCUUGAUUUGGGAAAAAUUUAAAUGCCAAAAAAGACGAUCAGCAUCACAAAUGCAACAAAAUGCAUGAGACACUGAACACAAUUGAGUUUUGUUAUGAUCUUUAAUUGUUUUAUGAAACUACUAUGUAGGUGAAAGUUUGAUAUAUCCUUGCAUUUUUUACUUUGUGCUCUGCUUGUUUAUUUUUUGCUAUUUAUUAAAAUCAACUCUAUAGAUGGACUUAACCUUUGAAUUUUGGUAAAUUCCCAAAUAUUGUUGGUCACUAUUCCAUAUUAUUUGUGUUACGUACUAAAACUUUUAUAGUGGUAUGAAACAAAAAUGUAUUUUCAUGGAUGUCCUUUACAAUUUUAAGGAUAAUUUAUUUUUAAUAGGCUGGCUCAAUCCUGGGGGCCGUUUCAUAAAGCUGUUCGUAAGUUAAGAGAGCUCUACUUAAAGAACGACUGGUGAACCUUUCUUAGGUGCUGAAUUAUACCAGUAACCAUUUACUGCAAGAAAGGAUCACCAGUCGUUUUUAAAGUCACUCUUAUCUUACGAACAGCUUUAUGAAACACCCACCUGGCCAAAAUAAAAAUAACCAUGCACAAUUUUUGUUUUUGGUAUAGAACCAUAUCUCAUUCAUGGAAUGGGCUUAUGCUGAAAAUCACAUGAUUUAAUCCUUGUAGCUUGGAUAAAUACAAAAAGAAAUACCUUGUGAGGGUGCUAAAUAUUGUGUCAUGUGAAUUUCAAAUUUUCACAAAGAAGCAACAGAUGGAGAAAAAAAACAAUCAGAACUUUUGUAAGAUUGGGAGGUUACAUGUUACUUUGAAGAAAAAAAACCCUCACAUUACAUGUAACCUUUGACAAAGCUUUAGUCAGGCUUGAGUUCAAUUUUACAGUUGUAGCUAAAAGUUUCAUGGAGAAGAGGAUAUGCUUAAUCCACUUUUUAAUUUUCAUUUUACCAUAUGUAACCAUUAUUAUAAAACAAAGAAUUACUGUAGGUACAUGUAUAAAAGCAAAUCUUGAUCAGGGGAGCGUUUCAUGAAAAGGACUUGUGUGACAUUUUUAUCUGACAAGUUCUGUUUUAUCUGACAGUUACCAUAGUAACAGUGCUUCUCAGCCAGUCAAAAUCGAGGAAUGUUGUGAGAUCAACAACUUUUCUGACAUGAAUGUUGAUGAAUCUUUUUUCAAUGUAAAAACCUCUUUAUGUGAGUGACUGGUACUAAUGAAACAAUUGAUACUGAAUGGUUUGCAUCAAUGCAAAAAUUGAGUGAUGAAUGUUGGUGUCAAAGACAGGUCUGUAAACAAAGUUCUUUCUGUAUGAAUAAGACGUGUGGGUAGUUAACAGAUGCCAUAUUGAUUACACAUUGAAGACAUGAAGCAGACAAUGAUAGUGCAUUCUUUGCAUGCCAAGAAAUCCAUUGCUAGCCCUCACACAAGGUCAUUUAUGUAACCCCUUCUCCAGUGAUACAAAUGAACUUGAAAGGUCAAAGGUGAAGUACUGCAGUGCAUGGGGUGUUGGUGCUAGUGUUAGUGUUAAACAGUGUCAGCCCAGUUUCUGAACUAAGUUCCAACAUAGAUUAAAGGUCAAUCCUAACAUCAACCUCGCUUUGAAUCAGGUUUUUUGGGGUGUUCAUGUAAGUGCUGUCUUGAACAAAAAACACCAGCUUACAACACUAAACUUGUUAUCACCCAGUGAUUCCAGAGUUACAAUGGGACUUUGGGUGUCACAACAAAGGAACUUCAUGCGGACCUUCAGUAUAUAUUGUGGUUCAUUGUACUUGUAGUAUUUUGUUGAUAUUGAUUGUCUUUGGACAUGUGCGACACCUACACCCCAUCAAUCAUCUUAAGGUCAUCUUCUGAAUGGUGUCACUGUUUAUGGUCCAGUCAAUACUUCAUGCUGUGCUUUCAAUAUACUUCUUAUGCGACUUCAAUAAUGCAGAUGUCAACAUCAGUGAAAAAAUACACGUGGGCGGCGGGCGAAUUCGCCCCAGAAAUGCCUAAAGUCGCCCUCGAAAUCACCCAAAAUCAUGCUUUCGGGGGCGACAUAAAAUCUGAAUAUCGCCCCCGAAAUUAUUUCCGAGUGAUAACAACUCAACGACCCACUAGCGCCAUAUGCUCUAGCUCCGCUUACCAUUUAAAAAUCAUCCAAAAUCCACACUCAAAAUCAUGAAUAGGCUAAGCCUUGAAAAUAGCGAGGAGCGCAGUUUCAAAUUCCGAAGUUGCAUCCUUUUUUUCUGUACCAUGUAUUUCCACACACAUGGUAUAGAAAAAAAAUAAACGCGACGGUCGGGAAACAGUUGCAUGUAUAGGGGUCCAUUAUGACUACCACCAUGUGCAAUUUCUAAUGCACAUGUUUCCCCUACAGAUAUCACAAUUCUGUGAAAAAAUAAUUCGAAUUACACAGGAAAUAAAUCCCAGAGUCUAGUAACCUAUCAUUGGUGAGUUGUCAUUAGGCUCUGCUUUUCAAAACGGCCUAUUAACAUCCAAAAUAACUUACCUUAUUUAUUAAUUAUAACUUAAAAAUCAUUUGUUUUAUUUUUCUCGGGAAUGUGGUAAAUAUCAGACAAUAAAUCAUCAAACAAAGCUCCAUCUAUUUUACAAGGCCGGAGGCAGGCGCACGCAUUGGCGCUUGUGUUAGCUAGCCAGUCUGAGCUUUGUCUCUCUGCCAGAGCUCUGGGGGACGAUUCGCUCAGUAAAGGCCUCAAUGAUGGUGAUUUUCUGUUUCAGACAGAGUUUACAUUUCAGGUAUAUUAUUCAAACUGCCAAUAAAGUUUGAUGAUUUCUUCAUUGUCAUGUAUAUUUAAGUUCUUAAUGAAUACAUUCUCACCAAAUUUAGACUCCCCCAUAGAGAAAUGCAAUUUUCAUGGAGAUCUGUGUUUUCAAAGAACUUCAGGAAAAGUUAGGGUAUGUGGGCCUUUAUUACAUGUACAUGGCCGAGUACAGGGUAUUGUACUGGAAUAGACGGAGUAGAAAUUAGAUAUUGAAUUCAUUUAUAUCCAAGUCCAACUCACAGUCACACCCACACACACACACACCCAAGAUUCUAAGCAUGAAAAAAAUAACUUAAAAAAUCAUACAAUAUUAAACAAAAAGUAAUAAUUCAUUAAUAAGUGAACAGGUAUUCCUCAAAAUACAAAAAAGUAGCAUUCAAAAAGAGCCCCCAAAAUGCAAAAAGUUGCCCUCGAAAGGUAGAAAUGGAGCCCCGAAAUUUGACAAAAAAUUUAAAAUGGAGCCCCCG